AUGUACGAUUACACUGAGUUGGCCAAUACAUUGCAGCCCAAUCAUCAACUGCGUAGUGUGGGAGAACAAAGGCGCUCUCACGUCCCACUGACCAACAGUAGCAUCACGGUACUGUGCCCAUCCAUGAUCAGCUUUGACAUCCCUGAAAAGAUACUUGCAGAAGUAGAGAUCAACGUGUUCCUUCCCACCCUUGGCCUGCCCAUCAUGUCGCUCAGUUCUGGACUGCAGCUGCUGGCGGGGGCCGAGCACGUGCGGUACGAGAGCACCGGCCCGGCGCUCUGCACCGUGGUCUUCCUGCUGGGCUACUUCUUCGGCAUGGCCAGCUCCAUCUGGUGGGUCAUCCUCUCCCUCACCUGGUUCCUCGCCGCCGGCAUGAAGUGGGGCAACGAGGCCAUCGCCGGCUACGCGCAGUACUUCCACCUGGCUGCCUGGCUGCUCCCCAGCGUCAAGUCCAUCGCCGUGCUGGCGCUCAGCUCCGUCGACGGCGACCCCGUGGCCGGCAUCUGCUAUGUGGGCAACCAGAGCCUGGAGAACCUGCGGGGCUUUGUGCUGGCGCCGCUGCUCAUCUACUUGGCCAUCGGCGGUGGCUCCCUCUACAGCGACGUCAGCACCGGCCUGACGUGGAGGUCGGGCACCGCCAGCUCUGUCUCCUACCCCAAGCAGAUGCCCCUGUCUCAAGUGUGAGGAGGGGGAGAGAGGCCAAAGGUUAGGGAGUGAGGGACACCGGCCUGCCUAAAAUGCCCCCUCACUGUUUGGUGCCAUUAAUGAACCCCUAAUGGUCCUUAUUAGCCACCGCUUGUAUGGAACAAUGCAGCUGGCAGAGGCCCCGGGCUCCGGCCCCCUCCUCCUUCCACGCCAUUCAUAUGCGGGAGCGCGUCCUUCAAGGAGCCAGCUUAUUAUUUUGCUGGUAGAGGAGGGUAGGGGCUCACCCGUGUCUUGCAGAGCGCAGGGCACGGCGGGUCUUGGUUUGCCCUCGCAUCAGCUCCUCACUCGUGGGAGGGAGGGUCUUCCCCCCCCACCACCCCCCCCAUCCUGAGGUGGGAGUCUGCUGGAACUGCAGGUUUUUGGGAUAUUGAUGACCGGGCAAAUGCCUUACAACACAGACUGAAUCAAAACAUGUCUUAAUUAUACACCCCAGCUAAAUACGGGUUUCCUACAUUAAAGGAUGUAUUUAUAUAAUUAUUUGUUACCUUGUACAGAUGUGUAAAAUAUGUAUAUAUCCAAAGCUAUACAGUCUGUAAAUUUUUUUGUAAAAAAGUUUAGAGGCUACCCCUGUAAGAGCAAAUAUGAGUAUUCUAUUUUGUCAAUAAAAUGACUUUUGAUAAAUGA